AUUUAAGAGAUAAGAAAAAAAAAAACUCUAAAAAUAAUCAACCUGAUUAGUCCACGGGUGGAGAGUGGAGAGAGAGAGAGAGAGAGAGAGAGAGAGAGGAGCCUCAUCCACUUUUGGUGAGGUGGAGGCAUCCCUUGUAGGUAGGGAGUUUCUUUCUCUCUCUGUCUCACUUGCUUUGCUUUCUAUUCCUCUCCCACCCACAAAUAUCUCUAUUACUCUCCAUACUGACACACCGACGCACUUAACCUUUCCCAAUUCCUCUCCUUCCGCUUGAUGUUCUUUGUCAUUUCCUCUUCCAACUCUACCCCCAAACCUUCCAAAACAUGACAGACAGAGUCUACCCCUCAGCCAAGCCCACCUCCACAACCACCAACGGAACUGCCACCACCACUACAACCCCACCACCUCCCAAAUCCCACCUCUACAAUCCCACCCGCCACCCCUACCGCCCCCAACCCCGUCCCCACCGCCGCCGCAGCCGCCGAAGCUGCCUCUGCCUCUGCUGCUUCUGGUCCGUCCUCCUCCUCAUCCUCCUCCUCCUCGUCGCCGCCAUCGCCGCCUGCCUCCUCUACGUCCUCUACAACCCCCGCCGCCCCUCUUUCUCCGUCGCUGCCAUCAGAGUGUCCCAACUCAACCUCUCCACCUCCGCCGCCGACGACACCACCCACCUCACCUCCACCCUCAACCUCACCAUCACCUCCAAAAACCCCAACAAGAAGAAACUCACCUACACCUACGACCAAAUCUCCAUCACUGCUCUAUCGAACGGCGUCAUAAUCGCAACUGGGUCCUUCCCGUCUUUCGCAAGUGACCCGAAAAACACGACGGCUCUCCGAUCUACCUUAUCCACCGUCGGCGAACUGGUCGACGCCGAGUCGGUGAGUUCGCUCAGGUCGGAUCUGAAGAGGAAAAAUGGGUUUCCGUUGGAGAUAGUGAUGGACACGAAAGUGGUGGUGAAAUUAGAGAAAGUGAAGAGUAAGAAGCUGGGGAUCAGGGUGACUUGCGAUGGCAUUCGUGGGUUUGUUCCUCCGAAGGGUAAGGCUUCAUCGCCUGAUUCUACUUCUGAUGCUAAAUGUAAGGUUGAUCUCCGGAUCAAGAUCUGGAAAUGGACCUUCUGAUUUCAGAGCAUUCUCUCAAUUCAGUUGGUUUUACUGCAUCUUUUUCUUUUUUUUCUUUAUUUUUUUUCUGGGAUUUGUGAACUUUUUAUUUUGGAUUUUAGGAGAAUUAAGAGGAAAAGGAGGGUGGGAUUUAUAAGUUUUUAUUUGUCGGUCAUGUUAGGUACUAUUACAUAAAGUUUAGUGGUGAAGUGUAUUUGGAUCAUUUGGUACUGAAGUGUGAUAAUUACCAUGGAAGGAUUUAUAUUUCAGGUUCA